GGCGGAGACGUAGCUCAACUGACUGGCUCCGACUCCUGCCGCUCCACCCGACCAGCCUCCCGGGUCGCCUUUUCCCUCCCUGCCAGGAUGUGAGCUCACCGACACCGCCUCCUUCCUCUUGUGUAAUGCUUACCGGUUCCGUGCAGCAAAGAAGCCGAGAGUCCUGUGCAAGCCUGGCCCUGGUUCCCCAGGCUGGGCUCCCCCUCGUUCCGGAGAGGUGGUGAGUCGCUGGGCUGCGGGAGACGACAAGGGCAGGAAGACUCUUCGGCGCGCCUCAGCUCCGGCGUCGGGAAGCUGCCAGAGGUAACGCGUGUGAAUAGACUGCAGGUGGAGUGGUGACAAAGAAGUGAAGGUGCUGCCAUGGGGAACCAGCUGGCUGGUAUUGCCCCAUCUCAGAUCCUUUCAGUGGACAGCUAUUUCUCAGACAUCCAUGAUUUUGAAUAUGACAAAAGCCUGGGCAGUACUAGGUUUUUUAAAGUUGCCCGGGCCAAGCACAGAGAAGGACUGGUAGUCGUCAAGGUGUUUGCCAUUCAAGAUCCAACUUUACCAUUAACUAGUUAUAAACAGGAGCUGGAGGAGCUGAAAAUAAGAUUGCAUUCUGCGCAAAACUGUCUUCCCUUCCAGAAGGCCACAUUGUCUGAAAAAGCAGCCAUGCUCUUCAGGCAGUAUGUACGGGAUAAUCUCUACGAUCGUAUUAGUACUCGACCGUUCCUAAACAACAUUGAGAAAAGGUGGAUAGCCUUCCAGAUCUUGACUGCAGUGGACCAAGCACACAGGUCUGGGGUCCGUCAUGGAGACAUAAAAACUGAAAAUAUCAUGGUGACCAGCUGGAACUGGGUCCUUCUAACAGAUUUUGCUAGUUUUAAACCAACCUAUCUUCCUGAAGACAACCCUGCUGAUUUCAAUUAUUUCUUUGAUACAUCAAGAAGGAGGACAUGUUACAUUGCCCCAGAGCGCUUUGUUGAUGGCAGUAUGUUUGCCACAGAACUGGAAAAUAUGAGAGAUCCUUCCACUCCCCUGGUAGAUUUGGCUAACAGUAAUCAACGAAGCAGAGGGGAAUUGAAACGUGCAAUGGACAUCUUUUCUGCAGGUUGUGUAAUAGCUGAGCUCUUUACAGAAGGUGUACCUCUGUUUGACUUGUCACAGCUUUUGGCAUAUAGAAAUGGCCUCUUUGCCCCUGAACAAGUCCUGAACAAAAUUGAAGACCCAAGUAUCAGAGAAUUGGUUACUCAAAUGAUCCACUGUGAGCCAGAAAAACGUUUAGCAGCUGAAGAAUACUUGAAACAACAACGUAACAAUGCAUUUCCUGAAAUAUUUUACACUUUCCUCCAGCCUUACAUGGCACAAUUUGCCAAGGAAACAUUUUUAUCUGCAGAUGAGCGCAUCCUUGUUAUACGAAAAGAUCUGGACAAUAUCAUUCAUAAUCUCUGUGGACAUGACUUAACAGAAAAAACUGAGGGAGAGACAAAGGAAAAUGGGCUGGUCAUUUUGGUGUCAGUGAUAACUUCAUGCCUACAGACUCUCAAAUACUGUGAUUCAAAGCUUGCUGCUUUGGAGUUGAUUCUCCAGUUGGCACCCAGGUUAAGUGUGGAAAUCCUGCUAGAUCGUAUCACGCCUUAUCUCUUGCACUUCAGCAAUGACUCUGUGCCCAGGGUGAGGGCAGAAGCCGUUAGGACACUCACUAAAGUUCUUGCUCUUGUGAAAGAAGUGCCACGUAAUGAUAUCAAUAUCUAUCCAGAAUAUAUCUUGCCAGGUAUUGCACAUUUGGCCCAAGAUGAAGCCACUAUUGUCCGACUGGCUUAUGCUGAGAACAUAGCACUGUUGGCGGAAACGGCUCUGAGGUUCCUAGAACUAGUCCAAUUAAAAAACUUGAACAUGGAAAAUGAACCAAAUAGUGAAGAAAUGGAUGAUGCAACGCACCCUAGUGAAAAUUAUGACACUGAGCUUCAAGCCUUGCAUGAAAUGGUUCAGCAGAAAGUUGUCACUUUGCUGAGUGACCCAGAAAACAUUGUCAAACAAACGCUGAUGGAAAAUGGAAUAACUCGCCUUUGUGUCUUUUUUGGUCGUCAAAAAGCCAAUGAUGUUCUCCUCUCCCAUAUGAUCACCUUUCUCAAUGAUAAGAAUGACUGGCAUUUACGAGGAGCUUUUUUUGACAGCAUAGUGGGUGUUGCUGCUUACGUUGGAUGGCAAAGCUCUUCAAUCCUAAAGCCUCUGCUUCAGCAAGGGCUCAGUGAUGCUGAAGAAUUUGUCAUAUAUAAGGCCCUCAAUGCCCUUACCUGUAUGUGCCAGUUAGGGCUUUUGCAGAAACCGCAUAUCUAUGAGUUUGCCUGUGAUAUUGCUCCAUUCCUGUGCCAUCCGAAUCUUUGGAUACGCUAUGGAGCAGUAGGAUUUAUAACCGUUGUAGCACAGCAUUUGAAUAUUGCUGACGUUUAUUGCAAACUCAUGCCUUACCUGCAUCCUUUUAUCACUCAGCCAAUAAUACAGAUAGAUAAAGAAAUAGUCCUACUGAGUGUCCUCAAGGAGCCUGUAAGCCGUUCUAUAUUUGAUUAUGCUCUACGAUCCAAGGACAUAGGAAGCCUUUUCAGAACUCUGCAACUUCGUCAGAAGAAAAGGAAUGGAACUCUUCCUGAUUGCCCACCACCUGAAGAUCCUGCAAUUGCCCAGCUGCUAAAGAAGCUACUUUCUCAAGGGAUGACUGAGGAAGAAGAAGACAAGCUGUUAGCUCUAAGAGACUUCAUGUUAAAGUCCAACAAAGCAAAGGCCAACAUAGUGGACCAAAGCCAUCUUCAUGACAGCACCCAAAAAGGAGUAAUUGAUUUGGCAGCUCUGGGUAUAACUGAGAGACAAGUUGAUCUUGUUAAAACAAAGCAGGAGUCUGAUGACAAACGUGCUAGAAAACAUGUAAAACAAGAUUCAAAUGUAAAUGAGGAAUGGAAGAGUAUGUUUGGCUCUUUGGAACCUUCUAGCAUGCCUCAGCCAAUUAGCAAAGGCCAUAGCCAACCCACAGAUCAAGAAGCCAUCCAGAUUGGGAAAUCUCUUCGAUCAGAGUCUUCUGCUGGCAUUUGCGCUCCUUUGUCAUCCUCACCACAGACAGCAGAUGGAACUGUUGUCCAAGCCAGAAAACCAACCAUACAAGUUUUAAGCAGUAUAGCUUCACCUUCUACAUACCAGCUGCGCAUUACUACUUGUAAAACGGAACUUCAGCAACUAAUUCAGCAGAAGCGUGAACAAUGCAGUGCUGAAAGGAUUGCCAAGCAGAUGAUGGAGAAUGCAGAAUGGGAGAGCAAGCCACCCCCUCCAGGAUGGCAUCCUAAAGGGCUUCUGGUUGCUCACCUUCAUGAACAUAAGUCUGCAGUGAACCGCAUUAGAGUCUCUGAUGAACACUCUAUUUUUGCCACAUGCUCAAAUGAUGGAACAGUGAAAAUAUGGAACAGUCAGAAAAUGGAGGGCAAGACUACUACUACUAGAUCAAUUCUGACAUAUUCCCGGAUUGGAGGGCGCGUGAUGACACUGACUUUUUGUCAGGGUUCUCAUUACUUGGCUGUAGCUUCAGAUAAUGGAGCUAUCCAACUUCUUGGUGUUGAAGCUUCAAAACUACCCAAGUCUCCUAAGAUCCAUCCAAUACAAAGCAGGUUUUUAGAUCAGAAGGAUGAUGGCUGUGUGGUAGACAUGCAUCACUUUAAUUCAGGAGCCCAGUCAGUGUUGGCUUAUGCCACUGUGAAUGGUUCCUUAGUGGGAUGGGACCUGAGAUCCUCUAAUAAUGCCUGGACAUUAAAGCAUGAUUUACGUUUGGGACUUAUAACCUCAUUUGCAGUAGACAUACAUCAAUGCUGGCUUUGUAUUGGUACAAGCAGUGGUACCAUGGCAUGCUGGGACAUGAGGUUUCAGUUACCCAUCUCUAGCCAUUCUCAUCCUUCCAGAGCACGGAUCAGACGCCUACUUAUGCAUCCCCUCUACCAGUCAUGGGUGAUUGCAGCUGUUCAAGGCAAUAAUGAAGUCUCCAUGUGGGAUAUGGAAACAGGUGACAGACGCUUCACAUUAUGGGCCAGCGGUGCCCCUCCUCUUUCGGAAUUGCAGCCUUCACCUCACAGUGUUCAUGGAAUAUACUGCAGCCCAGCAGAUGGAAAUCCUAUAUUAUUGACAGCAGGUUCAGAUAUGAAGAUAAGAUUCUGGGAUAUAGCAUACCCUGAGAGGUCCUACAUUGUUGCUGGAAGUUCUAGCUGUCCAUCUGUGUCUUAUUACAGGAAGAUCAUUGAAGGCACAGAAGUAGUUCAGGAAAUUCAAAACAAGCAGAAGGUGGGUCCCACAGAUGAAACCCCUCGAAGGGGUCCUGAGUCUUUACCAGUUGGGCACCAUGACAUUAUUACAGACAUUGCUACUUUCCAGACAACUCAAGGAUUUAUAGUUACUGCAUCGCGAGAUGGCAUUGUCAAAGUGUGGAAGUAAAAGUUGCACUGAUCUAUGGGAACUGUAAAUACAUGUAAAAAAGAUAAAUAGGAUGGGGAUUGAGUCUCUUUGAAGAAUUGCUUCCAGAACAUAAAAUGAUGAACUGUAAAGCUCAUGAAGCUGACUAAUAAGUCUCUUAUCAACCAUGAUCACUAAUACUAGCGAUCCUUUCAGAACCUGCCAUUGUAUUAAAGUAGAAAGAUUUAUAUAGCAUUUUCGAAAACCAGCAAGCAAAGCAGUUUAAAAUGAAGAAAUUGUGCUUAACCUGACCAUGAUAUACUUUGGAAGUCUAAAAGAUUGUUUAUAAACUUGAAGAAAGCUGUUACAUCAACAAUAUUUAUGUAAACUGACUUUUGUUUUAUUUACAGACUGAAUGAGAAGGAAUGAUAAAACAAAUUUGUUGCACUUUUGUUCAUGUAUAUUCAAAUUCCUGUAUACUUAAUCUGAAAAAUAAAGAGUUU